AGUUCGAAUUCGCGUCAUCUUGAAAGCAGAGCGGCACAACUGUCGACAUAUUGAAAACAAAGAAAAAUUAUUACAAAUCUUUCUAACAAGAAAAAGAGGGUUAAUAAAAUGGAUCGCACAAUGAUUGCACCGUGGAAAGCCGAAGAAAAGGAUCUAAGUGAAAAGUUAAACCAAAAACUACGAGGCUUAGCCUUGAUACAUCCCAUGAAUGAUGAAAUGAAGAAACUGUUGUCGUGGGACAUGUUCCUUAAACCCAACCAGCCCGCCUUUUUUCAAGUGAUGCACUAUUUGUUUCGCAUACUGGAUCCAGCGGAGUUCAAGCGCAGAUUCUUUUGGCCCAUCACAGACAAGAAAGCGGAAGCAACGUUCCGGACAACUACAGUUGAUUAUCUAAAGCAUUUAAAUGCUAAACAUAAUCUCAAUUGGGCGAACAUUAAAUCUUACCUUGUUGUCAUGCCGGGUGGAAUGAAGUUCAUCAACUUUCUGUUAGAUCUUGUUAGCUUCGUAAUACAGGAUCAGAUUAAGCAACGGGAAAAAGCUUUAUCCGUUGACAUAGACAUAUCACAAUUCCGAGACUGGAGUGCCGAAAGGAUGGAAAUUGCAAACAAAUUCCGAAAAGACUAUGUUUCAGCAUAUAUUGAAGAGCUGGACGAGAAUACAGCCAAGUUACGUGAAUGUACCCAGAAAAUAAGGCAAAAAUUUAGUGAAAUAUCAGCGGCAACUGGGGUCGACGAAGCUUUACUUUCGGACGAUAAGUUUCUAAUGGCGUUCGAGGCAUCCAAUCGUCAGAAAUGCGAGGAGCUAAUCACUUUGCAAGCGGCAAGAAUCGCGGAGCUGGAGACUCCACUGAAUUCGCUGAAGGACAACAUCGAUAAGUUUCAGGACAAGCAGACGAUCCACAAGUUAAACAAAGAAGCUGCAAACAACGCUUUGCGCAGCAUCCAGACGUUAUGUGGCAUUGAUGCUGAUCAUGCAACAGCCAAUGUGAAUUCUAUGAUGAGAGCUUUCAAUAAAAUUAGCGAGACAAUUGCCGAACAGUUGGAUGCCAACGAUCACUGCAACGAGUCCAAUGAGUUUGUUGCCGCAGGCCUAGAGACAUUGCGGGCCGAACUCCAACAGAUCGAUCAGCAAGUGAGCGAUGUGCAGAGGAGUUUUAAUGCACGUGAUAAGGAACAAAGCAUCAAUGGUAAUGCUUCGCAGGCAUCGAGUUCCUUAGGUGCGGUGCCGACCACACCGUUGCGACAUUUGGACCCACACCUGCAUGCCGGCUCCUCUAACCACCCGCUGCUAAUGAAGUUCGUUUCGACGCCCCCGAUUAGAACGGAUAUGGCGAGUGGUGUGCGCAGUGCGCAUGUGCGCUUGCCGUUGCAGGACGACUUUAAUGCCAAUCAGCUGGAGACGACUUGCAACAAUUUGUUGGUAGCCGCAGUACCACGUUCGGCGCGUAAGGUGAAGGCUGAGUAUGUUUCGGAACUAAACAACACCACCAAUCGUACAAAGAUUAUGGAUCCAAUGCAGCUGUUGCGCACCAUAAAUAAAAAGUCGAGUCAUGCUAACACGACAGCUGCUAACAUCUCGUCUCUGGGCAGCAAAUGGAAAGCAAUGCAGGCCUCAUUUAAUUUUGAUGAGGCUCCAUCCACAAUGCCCACCUCACCCAAGCCAACUAUUGUCACUGAAACCUCGCCGUUUACGCCGCUUAAUUGCAACGAACGAACUCGCGUUGAGCGAAUGCCCCAGGCAACAGCGGCUGAUAUCAGCAACAACAACAGCAAUGGUUCUUUGUAUGCCAUAAAAAGCGUUGCCCUGAUGAAAGUAUUAGACGCUUCACUGAAUGUACAAAAUCUCACCACUUCACCAUCCGGGCGGCUAGAUGCCCUUGUGCCAGGUCCACUGCCCGAACAGCAAGCAAUACCGCGCUUGCAGCUCAAUGACCAGACAAUAAAUGAUUCGCAACAGGUGCAGAGCAUUAAGGAGGAGAUCGUUGCGACUCAAUUGAAUACGCAGCCGCCCAAAUUUAAUCUCGAUUUCAGCGGAGACAACGAUGACUUGGGGAACAUUAGUGAUAACGUACUAAAGGACAUAUCAUUUUAGUUUUUGAAUAUUGAAUAUUAAUCUU